AAACUUACGCAGAAACAAAAGUGAAAGUGAGGGCGUGAUCAGCUAUAUAAACUCUGACUCGCAACAAGCCAUUUCCUAGUUGUUCGGAAGGAUCGCGAUGGAUGGAUAUUUUCCCAUUAUUGUAGAGGGAGACUGGGGGCCUGAACACGUUAAAAGUGUGAAAAAUAAACUUCAGAUUUACUUUCAGAGUAAGAAGAAGUCUCAAGGAGGAGACUGCGUCGUGCAAUAUGAUGACGGAAAUAACUCCGCCACGAUUCUGUUCAAAUCGUCUGACAUCCAAGAUAGCGUGCUCUCAAAGGCAGAACACGUUAUUACUAUUGACAAUCAGAAAAUCAAGUUGAAAGUGUACAAACCCAGUGAUGCAGAGGAACAGGCAGACAGCACUGCACAACAAAAGGAGCAGGCAUGUGGAUAUCAGGAACAAAAUCAAAGUGCCUCUCAGACUGAUGCAGAUGUGAAGAAGCCUCAAGAGACAAGUGCUGUGGUCCUGGAGAACCUUCCCGAUGAUGUUAAUCAAGAUGUUUUGACUCUUUUGGUGGAGAACAUCAGCGGUCUUUCUGAAAAUGAUUUUAGCAUGGAAUUAAUACCAGAAUUAAGAAAAGCAGUUGUGACCUUUAAAAAUCCCAGUGCUGCAGAAAAGUUCCUUGAGGACAGCAGGACACAUGAAAAGUUUAAGAAGAAUAAUCUGAGAGCCCGUGCACUGGAGAGAAGCACAUGUGUGCGAGUGGAGGAUCUUCCAGCUGAGGCCAACAACAACAAGAUGCUGCUGGAACUGUAUUUUGAGAAAUGGGGCGGUGCAGUAGAGGACGUUAUCACAAUUCCAGCAGAACAAGCAGCCAUUAUUAUUUUUAAGGAGGAAGAAGUUAAAGAAAGAGUUUUAAAGCAAGACAAUAACAUCUGUAAUGUUCUAGUCAAGAUAUAUCCCUAUUUUAAAUCACUGGAUACAGUCUUGUAUGGUGGCAAGAGACCCCAUUUGAAGCUGCCUGAACCCGUUACAGUCAGUGUAGAUUCUGCCAUCAGAGAGUUCAUCCUCAAGAAAGGGCAGAUUUCCUCCAUUAAAGACCAGAUGAGCUCACACUUCUGCCAAAUAAACAUGGACAAACCUGAAGUCUUGCUCAGUCCUGAUCCAGCAUUACUGAAACAGAAAGGAAUUACCAGAAGACACAUUGAUUGCUGGAGUAAGAAUGCAAUUGAUGCCUUCAUGAAAAUCACCUCAUGCUACACAACAUCUGAGUGGUCCAUGUCACAUGCCUUGUGGUCAAAAGUGGAAAGUGAUGUUAAGGAAUUAGUGAAAGAUCAAGUUUUCAUAGAUUUAGAUGCAUCUAAAGGGGUGCUGACACUGGCAGGAAUGGCCCAUGAGAUAAUUGGACUGAAAUCCAUAAUGGAGAAAAUUUUAGAGAGAGCAACAAACCAAAUAGAGAGAGAGCAGAACAGUGUGACAGAGAACGUGGAAAUUUCUCCUGCCAUGUACUCUCUGCUUGAACAAGAUGGCCUGAAAAGUGCUAAGGCUGUUUCUCCAGACCUGCACAUUGACUACAACAAAAAAAAUAACAGAUUAGAUUUAGCAGGUCUUCAUACAGAAAUUCUCACUUUCAAAAACUGGGUCCUUGAGAAGAAAAUAAAUAUGAAACAGAAGUUCUUACAGAUUGAUCGUUCAAUCCUGGAGUUCUUGAAAUCAGUGGACUGUGAUGAAAUGUCCAGAGAUCUCUUCAUAUCUCAUGGAAUAAUUGCUGUCUACACAAUCGCAAAUGAAGAUGUUGUUGUGAUUGGGAGCACAGAAAGAGCACUUAAAGAGGCAGAGAAAAGGGCGAAUACAGUUCUCACAACUAAAGACCUCACCGUAGAAGAUCAGGGUGUCCUUCAAAUGCCAGCGUGGCAGGAUCUCAAAAAACAAUUGCAAGAAUUGUUCAAUACUUCCAAAAAGACAUCUGUCAUUAUAUAUUUAUCUAAACGGAGAGACAAAGUUAUGGUGACUGGAUUCAGAGAACCAGUGAUGGAGGUCAGUGAAAAUUUAAGAUGUUUCAUUGAGAAACACACUAGAAUUGAAGAAACUGUUCGUGUCAAAUCACAUGCAGCAGCUGUAUUCAUACAAGUUAAAAAGUCACAAGACUGGCAGCACCUUAUUAAAUCUGAUGAGGUGAAAGUCCUUUUUGAUUCAAAGAGACCCCGGAUCAAACUGUCUGGAGAGCGUACAUUUGUUCAGCCAGCUAUGACUCUGUUUAAAAAGUUGACAGAUGGUCUCUGCACGGACACACUGAUAAUUAAAAAGGCAGGAGCAAAGAAGUACUUCAUGGAGAAGGGUAAAAUGAUGCUCUCGAUGUGGUUGAAGGAAAAAAGAUUUGUGGUGGUUCUUCAGGAAGAUGACAUGCUGGAAGACGAGGAAAAUGAAAUUACUGAAGGUAGUUUUUCAAAUAUUGGCCAGGUCUCUUGUGAGGUUAAAAUACCAGGUGGACUAACUGUUACUGUCAGGAAGGCAGACAUUUGCAAGAUCAGUGUUGAUGCUGUGGUCAAUGCUUCUAAUGAAGAUCUGAAGCAUACUGGUGGUGUAGCUUUAGCACUUCUUCAAGCUGCUGGACCAAGUCUGCAGCAAAUCUGUGACCAACACAUAAAAGUAAAUGGGCCUUUGAAGCCUGGAGAUGCCUUCAUCACUGACGCUGGUCGUCUUCCCUGUAAAUAUGUGGUGCACGCUGUUGGACCUCGCUUCAGUGAUUCAGACAGACGUACCACUGUGCAACGCCUGAGACGUGCUGUGAGGGAAAGUCUGAACCAAGCGUCAAUGAAAAACUGCUCCUCUAUUGCAAUUCCAGUUAUUAGCUCAGGGAUAUUUGGUUGUCCUCUUGAUCUUUGCACUGAAUCGAUCGCUAUGGAGGUGUGUGACUACAUUGAUGAUCAUAACCGCAGAGCCUCCAAUAGCACAUUAACUAAGAUUCACUUGGUUGACAAUAAUGACAGAACUGUGAAUGCCAUGACUCAAGCUGUCAGAAAGGUGUUUGCUGCUUAUAACCCCGAAAUGACUUCCCCUCAAGCCAAACCCCAUGGGCAUAGUGACUAUGGCCAAGGCUAUCGUGGAAAUGGUCGUAGAAACUAUGGUCAAAUAGACCAAGAUGUUGAAGUUGUCAAAGUUCGUGAUAAUAGAGACUUUGAAGGCGAAGAACACAGGAGAAGAGAAGCUUCAAGCUAUGGUGGCAGACCAGAUAUAUCUGAAGGAUUGAGUAUUCUUGAGACCAAAACUACACAAGAGGGACUAAACAUCAUUCUGAGCAAAGGGAAUAUCCAGGAUGCAAGUGCCGAUGUCAUUGUAAACACUAUAUCGGAGGACUUGGACCUCAGAAAAGGUGCCGUCUCCAACGCUCUCCUCCAGACUGCUGGUCAUCAGCUCCAGUCAGAAAUCACCAGAGCUGCUCGCUCAAACAGUCUGAAUUAUGGUGAAAUGCUCAUCACAGAUGGUUAUAAACUGAAAUGUUCCAAGGUCUUCCAUGUUGUUUGUCCAUUUUGGCAUGGUGGACAAAACUCAGCAGAUAAGGUACUUAUUCAGAUCAUAAGAGAUUGCCUGAGAAAAGCGGAAACGCAAGGAAUGUCUUCAGUCGUCUUCCCGGCCAUUGGGACUGGGAAUCUUGGCUUUCCUAAAGAUUUGGUGGCCAGAAUAAUGCUGACAGAAGUCCAGAAAUAUAAUUUUACUAACCUUCAAGAGGUAACUGUGAUUGUACACCCUUCUGACAAGGAGAGUGUAGAGUGCUUUACUAGCAUCUUUAGACAUGGGAUUCAGGGUCCCUUCACAAAAGGAUCACAUCAACAUCUCAAGUCUAAAAUGAAUCUUUUUGCCAAAUCAACUUCUGGGGACGUUGGCAAUGUCUCCUCUCCCUCUCUUGGAGUGCACACUAUGCAGCUGGGUCAAGUGACUCUAGAUGUUUCAUCAGGAGACAUAACUAAAGAAAAAACUGAUGCCAUUGUCAACUCCUCAAAUCAGACAUUUUCUCUGAAAGCAGGAGUAUCCAAGGCCAUUUUAGAUGCUGCUGGGGUACAAGUUGAACUAGAAUGUUCACUGAUGGUGGGAUCAUCAAACAUGCAGCAGACAGAGAUUGUGACCUCAGCCGGGCAGCUUCCAUGUGGAAACAUCAUCCAUGUUAUUGGACGUAAAAGUCCAUCUGAAAUUAAGGAUGUUGUUUUGUCUGUUCUGAAGUUAUGUGAGGCACGCAAACUUACUUCUGUUGCCUUCCCAGCUCUUGGCACUGGUCAGGGAGGUGCAAAACCAGCUGAUGUUGCAGAUGCAAUGGUUGAUGCAGUUGUCGACUUUGUAAAGAAAAAGAAACCGGUGCAUGUAAGGCUUGUGAAGUUUCUUAUAUUCCAGACGAACAUGGUGGCAGACUUCCACCAAAGCAUGAUCAGAAGAUCUGGUGAGAAAGUAGAGGAGGAUAAAGGUUUUCUGAACAAACUUAAAGACUUCUUCUGGUCCGGAAGUUCAGAUUCUCCUGCUAAUGAAGAGUUUGUAAUUGUUGGUGAAGUAAUGGAGCCAGCUGUGUUUCAGCUCUGUGGGGAGACACUAAAGGACUUAAGUGAAGCCAAGGACAUGAUCAACAGCAUGAUAUUACAGGAGCAUGUGAGCAUCCCAAUCCAUGAUCCAGCCAUUGCUCAUUUCACCAAAGAGGAUGGAGAAACACUGAACGCCAUGCAGAGGGAGCUCACAGUCAGUGUCCGACUUGAGAAGAAAGGCCAAGACUCUGUCAUCACACUGGAGGGUCUGCCAAGAGACGUUCACACUGCAGACAGUCGUAUUCGAAACAUGAUCAGAAAGGUGGAAAGGAAUGAAAACCGAAGGCGUGAGGCCUUUUUCAUUAGCAGUGUGAUUCAAUGGCAAUAUCAGGAAAAUGGACGGAGCAAUAAAAACUUUGAUAUAUUGACCAAUUAUGACCUGGAACAGGGGUUUCAGAAGCAACAGCUUUCAGUGAAAAUCAAGAUUAAUAAUGUUGAAUAUGAAGCCGAUGUGUUUGGCAAAGUGGCCACAAGGGGGAGACUGAGGAUUGAACUGAACAGAAUAGAUCUGGAAGGUGCAGCUCAAAGAUCUUUGCCUUCACACUGGGAGGACAUGAAAGGACAGUCAGUUGUUCUUGUAAAACUCACAGCAGGCUCAACAGAAUAUGCAGAAGUGGAGAAAGAGUUCACAAGCACAGGACUAUCCAGUAACAGUAUCAUUACAAUUGAAAGAGUCCAAAACGUUGCACUUUGGAGAAAUUACAUGAUCAAAAAGGAGGAACUGGAAGACAAAAACAAACACACAAACAAUGAAAGGCGUCUCUUCCAUGGCACUGGCCCUGAUAAGACCGAUCAGAUCAACCAUCACGGCUUCAAUCGCAGCUUCGCUGGCAUGCAUGGAGCCAUGUAUGGGAAUGGAACAUAUUUUGCUGUGGACCCAAGUUACUCAGCCCGAGGUUACUCUAAACCUGAUGUCAACGGACACAAACGCAUGUACCUCGCCAGGGUUCUUGUUGGUGAUUUCACUCAAGGAAAACCAGGCCUUCCUGUUCCUCCUGCGAAGAGCUCCAGUAGUGCUGAUCUCUUUAACAGUGUGACUGAUAAAAUUAACAACCCAACCAUGUUUGUGAUCUUCAAUGAUGUACAGGCUUACCCAGAAUACCUGAUCACUUUCCAGUAAUGAUUAUGAGAUAAGUUUCUGUCA